AUGAGACCGUCUGAUAAGGAGGAAAGUGAAGCUCACAACAUAGAAGUAGAGCGAAAUAAAAAGAACUCAGAAAUAGAGGAAGAAACAACUUACUUUAAAGAAAAAAACGAAAUUGGUGAAAAAGUUAGUGAGAAUAACACCAAGAUUUCAAAAAAAUUAAAUGACAAAGGAGUGAAUUUAAAAAAUGGUUAUUGCGAGGAUAAGGAAUGUCCUCAAAAUAAUGACACAGGGAGUGCAGAACAGUUGUGCAGAAAAAAAAGGAAAAUUCAAAAGAGCAAUUUCAAAAAUAGUAAUUUUAAAAAUAAGGGAGAAGGCAGUGUAAAUGAAGAUGAAGAGGAAGUAGGUGAAGAAAAACAAAGAAAUGAGAAAGAUCAGGAUGAUGGAACCACAUCAUCAAGUGAAGAUAAAAGCUCAAGCAGUGAUGAAGACCAUGACGGUUUACUAUUAACAUCAAAAUUUAAGAAAAAGUUUAGCGAUUUGUUAAUUAAGUUAAAAAGUAAAGAUACCAGCUUGCUACACAAAAAAGAUGAGUUCUUUUUUCACGAUAGCGAUUUUGACACAGAACUAUCAGAUGAUAGUGAGUCUGAGUCCGUUGGGGAAGGAAAUGACCUAGAUGAGAAAAAAAACAUGAACAAUGAGCAGAAGGAUUGUGGAUAUAAUGAAAAUUGUGAAACUUUGGAAAAAGACGGAGAACUGAUUGAACAAGAGCACUCCGAAAAAAAGGAUGGUGAUGUGGCGAAAAGGAAUUUGAAUUAUUCAGAAUAUUUUAGAGACAUAUUACUGAAAGAAGGAUCACAUGCUAUUGACAAAGAAGAGGAAGAGCUGAUAGAGAAAGAAAAAGAAGCUUGCUCUAAAAAAAAUAAAAAGAGUUACCUAAACGAACAAGAAGAAUUAAAGAAGAAAAUUCUAGAAGCUUGCAAAGUUGCAGAGGAACAAAUUAAUAAUGAUGACAAUGAUAAUGAUGAAAGUUUCUUUACCAUUAAGGAAAAAAGCGAAAAGGAGAUAAUGGAAGAGAAACAAUAUUAUGAAAAUUUUUUAAAAACAUCACGAAUUGUGAAAGAAGAGGACGGCUUACUCAAGGAAUAUUGGAAUGACAAUUUGAACAAGGAUGAGGAAUUUUUAAGAGACUAUAUUUUAAAAGAAUUGUGGAGAGAAGAUAAAAUUCAUAAUAUUUAUGAAGAAAUUGAUGAAGUGGAUGAUGUUGAAUUGGAGAAAGCUGCCAAAUUUGAAAAAACUUAUAAUUUUCGAUAUCAAGAGCAAAACGGAAAUAUCAUAAAUUCCAAUCCACGUAAUAUCCAAAGUAGCAUUAGAAUUGAUUUAAAAAAGGAAAAGAGGAAAGAAAAAAGAAGGGAAAAAAGAAAAAAAAAGAGAGAAACGAAAAAAAAUAGGAUCCUAGAUGAUUUAAAAAAGGGAAAAAAAGAAAAAAAAAAAAAAAAAGAGGUAAAAAAGGACAACACCAAUCCUGCCAUAUCGGCCAAUGCUUAUAAUAAUAAUAAGAACAUUGUUCAUGGUGAUGGAGGAGAUGAUGCAAAUAAGAGUACUCCUCCUAACGCAAGCGUGACAAAUGCAGAAAAAAAUAAAAAGCGAAACGCUACAGCUCAUUCAGACACAAUGGAAGAUAAUAAAGACCUUUGGUUUUUAUGCGACGAAUGCAAUAUUCCCAUCAGUCCCCUCAACUAUGUAUAUGAGUGCACAUUUUGUGAAAACUUUGCCUUAUGUAAGCCUUGUUUUAAAAAAACAUCACAUGAACAUGAUUUAAAAAAAUUGUUAGUGCCUAGAAAUUGCAUACCUCCAAAUGAUUACUUGAUGAAAAACCAUUCUUUCAAAAGUAACUCUCAACUUAAUGACUAUAAUGAUGAUGAUAAAGUGCAUGGUGGUGGUAUGAAAAAUAAUUGUAACGAAAUGGAAUACCUAGAAAAUGAUACGAGCGGUUAUGAAGACUUAAUUGAUGAUAUGCCCAUUCGAUUUAAAUAUAUUAAAGUGAAACCCAAGUCGUUUAAACUAACCACUGAUUUUAUUUUGAAAACAGACGAAGAAACAUUGAAUAAAAUGGUUCCAUUAAAAUAUGUAUCUCCUUAUUACAAAAGGGGGGGGGGGGAUUAA